AUGUCAUUACAGCACAAAGUUACCGUUGGAUAUAUUCCAGAACAUUUCUCAGUCCCUCUUUUGCUUGCUAGAGAUCACAAAAUUUUUGACAACCUCAAAUUAUCAGUGGAAUUUAUUCCUUGCCCCGAAGGCUCGGGAAGAUUGAUCUCUCUACUAAAGAGCAAAGAGAUCGAUAUUGCAAUUGGACUAACGGAAGCGUUUGUAAGAGGUCUCUGUCAAGGAGAUGACUCUUACCAGAUUCAAGGAGAAUAUGUCAAAUCACCAUUAUGUUGGGCUAUUUCUACUGGUUAUGGUAGAGAUGACAUUGAAGAUGAGGCCGAUCUGACUAAAGGCAAUACUGCAAAAGUUGGUGUCAGUCGUAUUGGCUCCGGUUCGUAUGUAAUGUCAUAUGUUCUUGCCCUAAAGCUCAAGUUAGGUGAGUCCCCCUUUGAGUUUGAGGUUUUACACAAUUUCCAAAACCUACGAGCUUCCGUCAACAAACAAACUACCGAUAUCUUCUUAUGGGAGUAUUUCACAACAAAGAAGUACUACGAAAACAAGGAACUUAAGCAAAUUGGUGAAAUUUGCACGCCUUGGUCCUCCUGGGUCGUUGUCUCCUCUAGAUCACGUGACUUGAGCCCAUCUUUGGGAUUGUUUUUGGAUGGUCUUCAAAGGGGAAUCCAGUAUUAUCAGGAACACCAAGAAGAAGCAAUUGAUUACAUAUUGGAGUACCUGGAUUACAAUUCAAAGACUGAUCUUCAACAGUGGGCCAAAAGGACUGUUUUUUCGAACAAUGUACGUUUAGUUGAUUUUCGACGAAACAUUAUUGAGACCAAGGACGUUCUCCGGUUGGCCGGGGUGGUCGAUAAUGAAGAUGACGUAAUUUUGGAAAGGCUUCAUGAAGGUGUGCGGCAAUAA